ACGGAAAAAGACCACUGCCCGACUGAGGAAUUGAACCCCAGACCUUCCGAUUACCGGUCGGACGUACUGCCAUUACACUACCGGGCUGUCUUCUUCCGUCUUAGGAUCUCUCCAGGAUCCUAACAAGAAUGUUGUUGAAGACUUGAUUGAAUUGCAAGUAGAAGAUCCUCAUGUUCAAGAUUUAACAGUUGUUGAUUUACCCGCUAUAGCUCGUAAUCCUUUACAUCCUCCUCAUUUACAUAUAUCCCUCAGCUAUAUACAAGAUACAGACAAGAGUACGAUACGGGAGCUAACUGCAUGGCGCUCAGUGACGCUGGGUCGUCUUGUGUUGAUACUCAAUAAGCUUCAACAGUUGUGUGGGGUAGAGAUUUAUCGAGGAUAUUGUGAUCUUGGUGACUAUCGAUUGCGUGAGGAGUUUGGGGUAUGGAUCGUGGAGAACAAAGCUAAAAGCGAAGUUCAAAUGGUGGAUUUUAGACAGGUCGAUAAACAUAAUCAUUCGAUAUCUACGUGCACAUGUCCGUUCUUCCGGGUCAACAAGAAAGGCGGCGAUUGUAGCCACAUAAUGGCUGCAAAACGAAAUGCUGAAUUGCCAAUUAUCCAACCGAAACCUAAUAUGGAAAAAUUGAGAGAGGCAUCAAAACUGGAAAAGAAUAUCAAAAAGUCGGGUACAAAAACGCCAAAAGUUUUGGAUAAAGAGACGCCAACAAAUUCAACGAAAAUAGUCCAGACAAAAUUAGUUAAAAAACCAACAAAAGUUGCUCAAUGUCGAACACUAUUGGCGAAUAUACCAAAUAUCAGUGACGAUGAUUUUUGA